AUGUCAAAACGAGGUUUCUCGACGAGUUCACAAAUUAAUCUAGAAUUAGAGGUCAAGAAAGUUAAACCUUUGGAUAUUAAAGUUGCGGUUGAGUUGCAGAUUGCCAACCGUCCUGGCCUUGGACAAGUCGGAAAACCUAUAAAAUUGAAUGCGAAUCAUCUAAAAGUCGCUACGUUGCCCCAAACAACCUUAUUCCAUUAUAAUUUUGUUGUUGAGCCAUCAGUCAGGCCUCCACUUGCGUUUAAGAUCUUUUCGACUAUGGCUUUUCAGAAUCAUUUUGGUGACGUCAUGCCCAUCUAUGAUGGAAAUAGUUCCAUUUAUUGUCUCUCACCGUUACCUUUUAAUGAUGAAGGGGAAAUCAAGGAAGUCUCACUUGAGGCGGAUGGUUCUCGUAGGAAAAAAACAUUUCACAUUACUAUUCGAAAAGUUGAUGAUGUCAAUAUGGAAAGUUUAUCGAAUUAUCUUAAAGGCUCCAUUCCAUUAACCGGUGAAAUUCAAACUUGUAUUUCAAUAUUAAAUACUGUAUUGAAUUAUAAACCGAGAAAUGCCUUUGCUGUUGUUAAGCGAGGCAUUUUCCCGGAGUCUGAGGAUCGACCGAGGUACUUGUUCGGAGGUCUUGAAUUGAAGACAGGUUUCUGUCAAUCAAUGAGACCUGGUUGGGGACAUAUGACUAUAAAUGUUGAUAUAUGUGCAGCGGUUUUUUAUCCUCAUGGUUCCAUGUUGGACUAUGCCGCAAAAAUUUUGGGCAAACGUAACAUCGACGAAUUAAGAUUUGGAAUCAAUGAUAACGAGCGAAGAAAUCUUGAACGCGGUAUGAAAGGACUAAAGGUCAAAGCUAUUCAUCGAGGAGAGAAAAAUCCAAAAUACAAAAUCGAACGCCUAUCAAGUAAAGCCGCGGAUCAAAUCACAUUUAUGAAUGAUAAGGAAGGCGUAGAAAUGAGUGUGACUGAUUAUUUUGCGCGAACAUAUAAUCGCCAUUUGGAGUUCAAAUCUCUUCCUUGCAUAGUUGUAAAGAAAAACUUGUUUAUUCCAAUGGAGGUCUGCAUCGUCCUACCUGGUCAAAAGUAUGAUAAAACAAUCGGAGAUAGAGCCAAAGCAGACAUGAUCAAAUUUACGGCCUGUAGGCCUCAAGAACGUUUCGGUCAAAUAGAGAAUUGUAUUCGAAACGUUUUUAAACAUGAUGACGAUGAAAAUCUUCGUGAUUUCGGAAUUAAUAUCGAUCCCAAGAUGAUGAUUAUUGAUGGAAGAAUUUUGAAAUCUCCAACAAUAAUGUUUAAUGCUAAUAGUAAACAACAAAAUCAGUUUAUUUCUCAAAAUGGACGUUGGAAUCUCAGAGAUCUUGUUUUACUUAGAACAAAACCAUUGCACAACUGGUCGGUCCUUAUUUUGUCUGACAGAAGGAUAUCUCCUAUUGAUCAAGUGAAAAGAUGUAUGUCAGGAUUAAAACAAAAAUUGAUCGAAUUUGGAAUGGAAGUUCGAAAUGAUCCUUAUGUAAAUUAUGGAAAUCAACAAGGGAAUAUUGAAGCUUCAAUACAAAUUGCUGUUCAAAAGGCCCAUAUCAAUAAAUCAUUUCCACCUCAGUUAAUAAUUGUGAUUAUUCCAAGAAAACCAUCUCCACUUUAUGGCGAAAUUAAAAAGAUCGCCGACACUAAAAUUGGAGUCGUAACUCAAUGCAUUCUUGCCGACAAAUUGCGUAAUCCGAACAACAAGUCUCUAUGGGCAAAUGUUGGAUUAAAAAUCAAUGCCAAGCUAGGCGGACACAAUUGUAAUCUCAUUAAAGAUGAACUUUCAAUUAUAGGAAAUGUUCCUACGAUGAUCGUUGGAGCGGAUAUUUCUCAUCCUGGAAUUGGACAAAAGAAUCAACCCAGCAUUGCAGCAGUUUGUGCAUCCGUUGAACCAAGUGCAACAACUUAUUACGGCAGAGUGAGUGUCAACAAACAAAUCCGUAAUGAAACAAUAGAAUGUCUUGGAGAUAUGAUAUCCGAUCUAUUAAAAGCAUUCUAUGAGAAGAAUAAAGUUCUUCCAAAAAGAAUGAUUUUUUAUCGAGACGGUGUAAGUGAGGGUCAGUUUCGCGGAGUGCUUAACAGAGAAGUAAUUGCGUUGAAGAACGCAUUUAAUAAAAUUUAUCAAAAGGAACCUCCCAAAUUAACUUUUAUGAUAGCACAAAAGAGGCAUCAUACCAGAUUUGCUCCAGUAAAUAGAGGAGAUGCGGAUAAACUGGGAAAUUGUACCCCUGGAACUGUCGUAGAUCAGUCAAUCGUUCACUGUAAUGAAUUCGAUUUUUAUUUGCAAUCUCAUUCUGGACUUCAAGGAACAACACGUCCAACUCAUUAUUAUGUUUUGUAUGAUGAAAAUAAAUUUGACGCCGAUGAUAUUCAGAAUUUAACUUAUCGAUUAAGUUAUCUUUACGCUAGAUGUUCUUCGGCAAUUUCUGUGGUGCCUCCAAUUGCUUAUGCGCAUCUGUUGGCAGCACGCGUACGACUUUAUCCAACUGGCGAAUCACCCGAAGAAAAAGAUUGUGGUGAAUCGAGCAACUUAAGUGAAAGCGCAUUUUCAGUUCCUCCAGUUUCCAAGGAAUUAGCCAAAGUUAUGUAUUUUGUUUAG